UGUAUCAUAUCAGAUCUCAGUUUUUGACUCUUUUUACUUCCCGAGCGUAAGCUAAGGCAGUACUUAUAUUAAUCGAGUUCAUGGGCCGAAUUGCCACUUUCAUAUUUUCUCGACGUGUCAUGAUCUCGAGAGUACGUAAAAAGUGGUCUCCCGUUUCCGUUUGUCACUCUGUCUGUCUGUAUGUCGGUCUGUCUGUCUGUAUGUUUGUCUGUCUGUCUGUCUGUCUGUCUGUCUGCCUGUCUGUCUGUCUGUCUGUCUGUAUCCAUUUUUAUUAGAAAAGUAAUCUUCGAAACUGCUGGACCGAUUGUUGUCACAUUUUGUAUGGAUGUUAGGAAUAUCAUGCAGAUGGUUAAACAUUAACUAAAAUUUGGCUAAUUAUUUCCAACACCAUUUGAUGACGUCAUCUUCAAAAUUGUUACGAGCCAAACUCACAGCUCGUUGCCGGCCUGCUAGUGGAGAAGGGGUGAGUUCCUGCGGGUGCAAAGGGUCAGGUCGCUAGAGGUUCGCAAAGAAGAGAGAGCACACUGUUUUGUGUAGCGGCGUCGCCAGGGCGCCACCAGUUUUUAUUAAGACACAAUUACAACAACAAAAAACCGGAAAAAUAUUUAACUAUUGUAAUUGCAAGCUGUUACUUAAAUUAUUGGUUACAAUAAAAUCUAAGGUCACUAAUUAAAAAUAAAAUAAGAGUGAUAAAUAACUAAAUAAGUAAGCAAAAGGAAAUGAAUAAGAUAUUAAUGAUGACGAUUUAAUGCGACUAACGGUUUACGAUAAAUACGAGCGAUACGAACGAUAGUUUUAUUACGAAAGGCGACGAAUUAAUUAACGAUAAAUACGAGCGAUACGAACGAUGUUUACGAAACGAACAAAUUAGUUGGGGUCGUAACGACUAACGAUUUGAUUAAUUAUUUCGAGGGCUAUGAGAUAAACGAAGUAGGCCACACGCUCGGUAGUCCUAACGUUAUGUGCGAGUGCUAGUUACGCCAAACUUCGAAACGUUUUGCGAUACAAUAAAGAAAAGGUAAGGCGACUAAUACUUAAUGAGAUGGAAUGGAAGUACCAUGGGCACCUGCCUCCUUCGAUAUCCACGACGAGAUGUCGAAACACAGCGGCGUCGCAGCGAAUUCCCAGUCGAUGUCGAGUCGAGGUUUUUGGUAACUCUCCAGCUGUUCUGGGAGGGCUCACAACUGCCCACAACAGUUGGAAUUCAUAGAAUUCGUUCUCCCACUCGAAACUGGCUCCAAUUCUCGAUCACGGGAAUAGCAAGAUCAGCGACAAAAACAAAAAAGCUGCAAGGAGAGCAAAGUCUGAGAAGAUGUUCGAACUCAGUCAACCCCAAGGGUUCCACAUGUCACAUGCACUUGGGAUGCCAGGGAAAAGCUAAUCAAAAGAUUUACCUGCGGAUCGACUGCAGCUUCUCCGAUGUUAGCGGGAUGGUCUAGUGCCCUUAUCCAAAAUCCGACAAAGUCGUAGUGCUCGAAUGCACUAUAUCUUUUACAGCUCACAAAUGCGCUCCAAGCGAUAGCACCUUUUAGGGGACCCAACAGAUCCAACGAAUGCGAUUCCAAACGUAACACCAAAUAAAAGGUUGCUAAAACGAACUGCAAAAGAGGAAAGCACUAACCCCCAACACCAUUCAACACGAAGUACCCAAGCAAAAUGGAUUCCCUUCCACCUGCGAUGACGUGGCAAGGUAA